AUGAAGCCUGCCAAACCGUACUCAACUACAAUGGACGAACAAACAUUCGUCCCCGGAACCAUGCGAGCACUCUAUCACUGCCCGCCUUCGACAGCCAUCACAACCGCAGAGUCCUCGGAGGUCCCAGGCGUGGAUUCGGGCAUGGUUUUCGACACUGACUUCCCGACCCCCAGACCAGCCGCGAACCAGUAUCUCAUCAAAGUCCAAACGGCAGCCUUCUGUCACGACGAACUUAGACUUGGCCGCGCUCUCAACCCCUCCAAGUCCAUGCCCCAGAUUCCCCUUCACAAUUUCUGCGGCACCGUCAUCAGCACGCCCUCGGCGGACCACUACCGUCCCGAUGGCCCUCGGUUCAAAGUUGACGACGUCGUCUUCGGCCUGAUAAGCCACACCCGCGACGGUGCCGCGGCCGACUACACUCUGGCCACCGAGGACGAAAUCGCCCUGAAACCCAAAAACAUCAGCGCGGCUGAAGCCUCCACCAUCCCUCUCCCAUCCCUCACCGGAUGGCAGGCGCUCUUCACCUACGGGCGUGUGAACUCCCCCGACGCCGACACCCCGCGGCGCAGCCUGCGCGUCCUGGUCACCAACGCGCGCAACAACGAAGUAGCCACGCAAACGCUACAGCUCCUCCGCUCCUCUUCCCUCUUCCCGCACUACCAUCCCUGGAUCUGCGCCACCUGCUCCCCCAUCGAGGCCGAGUACCUGCGCACCGAAGCCCAGGUCGACGAGAUCAUCGAAGCCCCGCUGCCCGUACCCCAGGAAUUCGACCUCGCGGGCAUCUUCCGCCACCAAGGCUGGGACCCGGUGGAUCUCGUGCUGGACUGCGCCGGCUCCCAGACUUUCCGUCAGGCUCACUCACCCGAUGUCGUGAAGGAUAACGGCGUCGUGUUGACGGCCGUCGACACCGGCCCUAUACACGACCACACCCCGCACGAAGACGCCCAGUCCCAUCAGCGCGGGCUUCUGAGUCGCUUCAUCGCCGUCCAGCCGGAUGGGGAGGCCCUCGCCGCGAUCGCCAAGUUAGUCGAGGCGGGCUCGGUGCGCGGCCGCGUCGCUGGCAUCUCGGACUUUGUGAACGGAGCUGAUGUUCUUGCCUCUGAUGCGGCGGGGGUCGGUGGGGGGAGAAGAGGUGGGAUGAUGGUGUUCCGGGUGAAUAUUUGA